ACUCCACGCAUGCGCCAUGACGCACUUCCUGGUUGAGCGUUUCCCGGCAGCCCCCGCGCUGGCCUCCGUCUCCCAUCGUGCCCCGCGCGGCCGGAAGCGGAAGCGUGUCCCCGCGGAGCGAUGGCGGCCGGUCGGUAGUGGCCGCCAUGGCGCUGAUCGAAGGGGUGGGCGACGAGGUGACGGCGCUGUUCGCGCUGCUGCUGGCGGUGGCGGUGCUGGCCUUGGCCUGGGCCUCCACUCGCGCCCCCGAGCCCGCCCCGCCGCCUCGCGCCGCCCCCCCGGUGCACGAGGAGCAGCCGAGCGGAGCCACCGAGCACAGCGAGCAGCACAAGGCACCGGGAACGGGCGGGGCGGGGACUGACGGAGCCGGCGGGGCGGCGCUGCGGGAGCGGGGCGGGACCGGGGGAGCGCAGCACAGCACGGCGGGAGCCACGGGGGGCGGCACCGCGGAGCACGGCAUGGUGCUCAGAUUGAAGUUCCUCAACGACACCGAGCGGGUGGCCACCGUGCGGCCCGGGGACACCGUGGGGGCGUUAAAGAGGGCCUAUUUCCCCGGGCAGGAGCAGCAGGUCCGACUCAUCUACCAGGGGCAGCUGCUUCGUGACGACGCCCAGAGCCUGGCGGCCCUUCACCUGGCUCCCAACAGCGUCCUGCACUGCCACAUCUCCCAGCACGGCCCCCCCCCCGCCCCCUCGGGGCCCCGCGCGUCCCACGCCGACCCGGUGCACGCGGCGCUGAACGUGGGCAGCCUGCUGCUGCCGCUGCUGGUGCUGCUGCUGGCCGUGCUGUGGUACUUCCAGCUGCAAUACCGCCACGUCUUCACCGCCACCGCCACCACCUUCCUGGCCGGGCUCACGCUGCUCUUCAGCUUCAUGGCCUUCACCAUGUACCGCAGAUAGCGCCGCACACACCGGAUCCUCCCCCCCCUCCGGCCCGUUGCGGUUCCCGGGGUUCUGCCCCCGCUGCCGAACUCAUCCCGGUGCUGCGGGGGGCGCUCACGGAGCGGCACGGCCCCGUAUGGCCAUAUCGGUGUGUGUGUGUGUGUGUGUGUCCCCGCACCGCCCGGUACCGCAGCCGCAUGAACGGGCCGAGGCACCGAGCUGCACCGGGGGAACCGUGAGCUCCCGGUGCUCCCUGCCCGCAGCUGCCGGGCCGCGCUCGGGGCCGGCCCCGCCUCCGUGCCGUGAGUGAGCGGCGACCGGAUGUUUUAACAUUAAAGAGGAACAAAACUGUGA